CUCCUCUGCCCAGCCAUGGGGACUUUCAAUCUUUGGACAGAUUACCUAGGUCUGGCAAGACUGGUGGGGGCUCUGCAUAAGGAAGAGGAGCUUGAUGUCAGGCUGGAUCCCAAACCAGAGCCCAAGCCAAGUUCAGAAAGCCAGCAAGCCAGCAAGGAAUCCUCUGCAGCUCCUGAACGCUUAUGUUCAUUCUGCAAACACAAUGGCGAGUCCCGUGCCAUCUAUCAGUCCCAUGUCCUGAAGGAUGAGGCAGGGCGGGUGCUAUGUCCCAUUUUGCGGGAUUAUGUGUGUCCCCAGUGUGGGGCCACUCAGGAGCACGCCCACACUCGACGCUUUUGCCCACUCACCAGCCAGGGCUACACUUCUGUCUACUGCUACACCACCCGGAAUUCUGCAGGCAAAAAGCUGACCCGGCCUGACAAGGCAAAGACACAGGAUGCUGGCCACCACCGCCUUGGAGGAGAAGCAGCAGCAGGUGUCUAUGCAGGUUCCAAAAGUGGCAGGAAGCCCCCUGGACCUUCACCCUCGGCCUGCUGUCCCUCCACUACGGCCUAGGAGCUUGGAGUGGGGAGGACCAUGGUGGCAUCGUUGCCAAGGGUCUGGACACAGGCAUGCUGGAGACUGGACCUUGCUUAGGACUGAGGCUGGCCACAGUCUUGUCAGCGAUCACCUUCCCCACCCCUACUUGUGGUGCUGCCUCAACGUCCAAUAAAUGCUAAGGAGUGGA